AGCUGUUUUUGGGCUCAAGAUCUUUCUUGAACCAGCCAUGGAGCAAGAAAAACAUGUCGUAUUUUUAGGUGAUGGAUGCGAUGGUGCGUUGCUGCCGGUCUCCAUCGGACACAGCUGGGGGUCCGCUGCAAGUCACGGAGGAACGGGCUGGGAGAUCCCCGAGGGUCAGGCCUCCUCGUCCUCAGACACCGAGGGUCAGCGACGAGGCCGUGUGCAGUUUAAGUUUCGCGCGGCUCUGAAGCUGGAAAGUCCGUCUGGAACCCCCGAUGUUGACUCGGAUGCCCAUCAGCCAGAUGAGAUGAUCCAGUCCUUGAAGAAUGGGGCGUCCAGGCUGUCGGUCAGUACAGCGACCAAAGCUGCUUCGAGCAGUGGAACUCUCCAUGAGUCCAGAGUUUCAACGUCCUCGGAGUGCCGAUCGUCGGAUUCAGAGUUUCGAUCUUUGCCGUGCCUUCCUGCAGUGUCAAGUGAUGAAGAGUCAUCUCCACAGGAAGAGCAGCAGCAAAAGGACCAGGACUGGUCUUCUGCCUGGGCCACUCAUGCACAGGGCGCCUGUAAAGCAUGCCGCUUCUUUCACUUGAAGCGAGGAGGUUGCCGUGAUGGAGACGCUUGUCGCUAUUGAACAAGCAAUGGCUGAUCUCCUACGAACCAAGAAUGCAGAACGCCGGAUCAGAAGGCGCAUGCGCAAUGGAUGAACGAGCUGUAGACAAGUUGGUGGCGUGCACCAUGUGAGCAC